AGUAAGUGUUAAAAUCGGUGUACUGUGUAAGUUUUUACCAUCGUCGCCCGGGGUAUGUAACCAGUCAAAAUGGCGGAUCGAACAUCAGUGUGCAUUAUUGGGCAUUCUUAUGUAAAACGAUUGGAACGAUUUAUUUUACAAAACCCUGUGUAUGAAAACUUGGGUCUUGAUGAAGAACAAAUUAAUGUGUGUUUUCGGAGCCAAGGGGGUUUGUCUAUUUACGGACUUGCUAACUCGUCAAGAUUGUGCGCGUUUUCGGCAGUUCCUACUUUAUGUGUUCUGGAGAUAGGGGGUAACGAUGCGACGACUCGACCAUCACAUGUCAUUGCACAAGACAUUUUUUCAUUUGCGAACUAUUUGAUACAUGGAUAUGGUGUAAAAUCCGUGAUCAUUGGUCAACUGUUGCGCCGCGACCCUCGAAAAUCACCGAUUGGAUAUAACGAGGAGGUCAUCAGGAUAAACAAACACUUGGAACAUUUGACAAGUAGCGAGGAGCAUGUCCAUUUCUGGAAACAUAGAGGAUUUUGGACUAAUUUGGCAUACCUUGAGCGCGAUGGAGUUCACCUUGGGGUAGAUUCGGAUGGAUGUUAUCCAGCACCCAUGGUCAAAUACUUGAGGAGCAUAAAAUAUGCAGUGCAUUACAGAGUUCAAAAACUCAAGGCCAGUAAAUGUUAA